AUUGCUAACCUCGAGCGCAUGCGUCAAUUUUACUAUUAUUUGAUAGUUGUACUUGUUCAGUGUUGUUGUGUCACUGGGCUAACCUUCACAAGAAAAAUAGUUGCAAUUGUUGAUAAUAUUGUAUCGCCAAGUCGCGCCGUUUUGAUUGUUCGGGGGCAACGGAAAGAUGUCCGGAAAUCUGCGUAGAGAGGCUCUAAGCGCCUUCAAAAAAUUGCACAGAACACGUUUGAAAACUUUUCAAGGAGACGAUCAUGCUCUGAAAGCCAUUAGGCAUAAAAUAAACGAGGAAUUCGGCAAAAACAAAAACUUGACUGAUCAAGCAGCUAUUCAGAAGCUUAUAAAAUUGGCACAAGAUGUGGAGCGCGAAAUAAGAACAACAGUCAUUCAAAUUGUUGAGAAAACAUCUGGACGAUACGAAGCGAAAAUUACCGCGGACACUGUUAAAGUGGACAACGCCACGUUUGGGGAACUUUACGACAAGUCAGAGUUCAAACAGGGAGGCAAAUGUUGCGGUGGCUCCGCAAAAAAAGGAGAUAAAAAAUGAUCUCGCAUCCACACGCACUACACGUCGAUGUAAUAUAUGUAAAUAUUUUAUCGUGCAAUUAAACCCCAAAAUC